UUAAAACGUUGGUUGUAAUCCGCCAUUAAAUGAAGAGAAGAAGAAGAACUAGCAAUCCUGCAUCUGCAUUCACCAAGAUGGCGACACCGAUGACAAUAAGGCAGACACCGGUUGGGGGUUUUAGUUUCGAAAACUGCAAGAGAAAUGCACUUUUGGAAGCUGAAGCUAACAAAGUGGGAUGCAGCUUGCCUGCUGCUCUUAAAACAGGAACUACCAUCUGUGGUGUUGUCUGCAAGGAUGGCAUCGUCCUCGGAGCUGACACCAGAGCCACUGAGGGCAUGGUAGUGGCAGACAAGAACUGCUCAAAGAUCCACUACAUUUCCCCCAAUAUUUACUGUUGUGGAGCAGGAACAGCUGCAGACACAGAGAUGACCACUCAGAUCAUCUCAUCCAACCUGGAGCUACACUCUCUCUCUACAGGCAGACUACCACGUGUUGCUACUGCCAACCGUAUGCUCAAACAAAUGCUCUUCAGGUAUCAGGGCUACAUUGGGGCUGCUUUGGUCCUGGGUGGAGUGGACUGUAAUGGGCCUCACCUUUACAGCAUCUACCCUCACGGCUCCACUGACAAGCUGCCCUACGUCACCAUGGGCUCUGGGUCCCUGGCUGCCAUGGCAGUGUUUGAGGACCGCUACAAGCCUGAAAUGACAGAGGAGGAGGCCAAGCGGCUAGUGCGAGACGCCAUUGCUGCAGGGAUCUUUAAUGACCUGGGCUCUGGCAGCAACAUUGACCUGUGUGUUAUCACCAAGGGCAAGGUGGACUACAUUCGGCCCCAUGAUGAAGCCAACAAGAAGGGGGUCAGAAGAGUAAAUGAGCUUGAAGCCGUGCAGCUAACUGGUGACUACAAGUACAAGAGAGGAACCACUGGUGUUUUGACAAAGGUGGUGACCCCGCUGAACCUGGAGGUUGUGGAGGAAACUGUUCAGACUAUGGAUACCUCCUAAAAUUCUUACAAUAUGUUUGUUAGUGUAACUUACUAUCCAUCGCAAUUCCUAACACAAAUGGCAUGUUUUCCAUGUUUACAAUAAAAGUGUGUGAGGUGA